ACCUACUGCGUUGAACAGAAGAUCCUUCAGCAGACAUCUCUUCUGCAGUACAAAGUGGAAGAUGGACAGAACAGCCACUGUAACCAUCCUCAUCCUCCUUCUGUGUGCCAUUGCUGCACAGGGUAUUCCGAUCCCAGGAGCACAAAGAUGGUGCCAGUGCCUUCAGACCAGCUCUGAUAUUAUUCAUCCGAUGUCCAUCCAGAGCUUGAAAUAUAUUCCCCGUGGAUCCCACUGUGAUAAAGCAGAAGUAAUUGUUACCCUGAAAAAUAAGACUAAAAAGUGUGUGCACCCUGAUGCCAAGUGGUUGGAGGUCCUCAUGACUGCCUUUAAAGGUGCUAAAAAGCAGAAUUUAAAAAAUUGAAGCUGCAAAAUGAAGGAUUCACUUCCACCUCUGGAUUAUCCGAUAGGGAAUGAUGGAAGUUCAGCCCUGGGUGUUGACUCUGUGAUAUCACCAUUCCAGUGGUUCAUUCCAGUGUCUCCUCUUCAUUGUCUUCUGAAAGUUUCACCAUUCAUCCUGAUGCAAGACUUGUUUACUCCUGUCACACUACCUGCUUAACCUGAGAAAACCAUAAACUUUGGUCCAAGUUUGUGGCUUCAUUUGAAGCCUCUGGUAAUGAAGUAGAUUUUGUAACUGCUAAGCAUUACAAUGAUAAAGGGUUAAAAGGGUUAAAAUUUAGUAUUAGAGAUCAGAAGAGUAGGAGGUGAUGUUAGUUUAGAAGAAGUUCGUUGAUGUGUUUCCACGGAUGCAUUGUUCGUUUUGAAGAUUACUCACAUGGAAAUCUUGUGGGUGGGGUUGGCAUGAGGAAAAGCUGAUUAAGUCCCCUGCUAGCCACAAUUCGGAGCAGUGACCACAAGAAUACAACUUGCAACUGACCAAAUCCUGCUCCCUACACUUCCAUUAUUCCAGCCCCACAACCUAGACAUGAGACUAGAAAGCAUUCUGUAUUCACACAUCACCUUCUCAAUCCUACACAUGGGGAUUGAGGUAUUGCCAACAGUUUUGGGCUGCAGAUAUCAGAGAGGAUGUGUUGUCAAUGGAGAGAGCCCAGAGGAGGUUCACAAGGAUGAUUCAGGGAUUCAAAGCGUUUACAUUUGAGGUGUGUUUGGUAGCUUUGGGCCUGUAAUCACUGGAAUUUAGAAGAAUGCAAGGGGAUCUCAUUGAAACCUAUCAAAUGUUGAAAGGACAAGAUAGGGUGGAUGUGGAGAAGAUGUUUCCUAUGGUGGAGGUAUCCAGAACUAGAGGGCACAGCCUCAAAACUGAGGGGCGAUCUUUUAGAACUGAGGUAAGGAGGAACAUUUUUAGCCAGAGAGUAGUGAACCUGUGGGAUGUUUUGCCGCAGACUGCAGUGGAAUCCAUGUCCAUGGUUAUAUUUAAGGCGGAAGUUGAACGUUUCCUGAUCACUCAGGGCAUCAAAGGAUACGGCGAGAAAGUAGGUGUAUGGGGUUGAGUGGGAUCUGGGAUCAGCACAUAUGGAAUGGUAGAGCAGACUCGAUAGGCUGAAUGGUCUAAUUUGCUCCUAUAUCUUGUGGUGUUACAUGAUUUACCAGGAAUUGGAAGUUGAUUUAUCCUCAACUUUUCUAUAAAAUGAUCUACUUUAGAAAGUUGAAGACACUAUAUAAAAAGUUAAACAUGUUAUUAAUUUUACUGGUAGAUAGAGCACAAUGUAUAUUUUCAAAAUCAUAUGUAAAAUGAAUUUUACAUUCUCCCUUUUCCUGUUGAAAUUCUAUACAUAGUCUGUGAUCUCAGUACUAUUGACUAUAAAUAUAAUGGAAACAUUUUAAAAACGAGAACAGGCACUUACAAGUUUUGUUGGUGUCAGUUUACUGCAAUGUUUUAAAAUCAUUUGCAGUUGAAGUUAAAUUGUGGGAUUUUCUCUGUAAAAUGUCAGAUUUUAAGAUCUAUACAAAUCAAGUUCUACAGAACUGUGAAUUUUAUAUAAGAUAUUUAGAUUUUAGAAUGUAAUUUGUUUAUAAUUUGACAAUCAGGAAACAAAAUUUGUAAAUAGAAAUAAUAUCCAUACAGCUAAAAGUAGAAAUUUUUGCCCUGAGGGAACGUUCACUGAUUGAAUUCUAUUGACUUAGCAGCACAUUUGGAUGGUUGAUGUACAUGAACAAAUUUGUUGAACAUUCUUCAAAUGUAUGUGAGAGAACAAAAUAA